UAAAUUUAAACUUGUUCUUUAGAGUCCCUAAUGACAUAUUUGCAGGGAUGAUGGGGACUGAGUGCAAAAGCAGGAAAUGAUGGGUUGUGUGGUUUCAAACCAGACAGCCUAUGGCACAGCAUCUGCACAAAACCCAAAUGAGAAAUUUGCCAGCCAGGCUACUGAAAGCAAGCAAGCAACCUUAUCAAUCCAAAGAAUGGCAAAAAUUAAUUUUAUUAUUAAGAUGACCCUGUGGCUUUUAGUCAUGGUCCCAGUUCUGAAUGGCGCUAAGAUCAAUCAAUGGCCAUUGAAGGUCUGCCGUUAUGUCGGGCAAUCAGUUACGCUCUCGUGUGAGAUUCAUCCCGACUAUGAAGAAGGGAUGUGGUGUUUACCUCACUGGUCGUCAGUGAAAGGGAGUGCUCUGGAAGUACAGUUCAAGGACCGUUACUGUGUGAAGAGGGGCAUGGACCUGUACACAUAUUUCAGGAUCAAUAACCUCCAAGCAAGUGACAACAACACCACACUGUUGUGCUCAAUGGACUGCAAGGUAGACACAACAUUCAAAACAUUUUCUGGAGUACACAGCAUUAUUGAGGUGAAACAGACAAGCGAAGAACUCUGCCCCAGCACAGAGGAAGUCAUUCAGUGGUCUUCAGGAACACAGCAGUACACGGGGGAUUUCGUUGUGUUCGGCUGUAUGCUGAACUUCAGGAAAGAAAAUGUGCGCGAGUGUCACUUUUCUUGGUACAUCGGGGACUUCCACGCCUUCCAUACACCCCUGAUCUCCAGCAGAAACCUGUAUGGACAUCGCCUGCUUUUCGAUAAAACAGAGAUGGCCUCCCAGAUGAUUCUCGGUGAUCUUCAGCUCAAUGACAGCAACACCUAUUACUGCAAGGUGAACUGCACCACUGACUGUGAGCCAUGGGCUGCAAGUGGAAAUGGCAGCACUCUUGUGGUCACACAUGCCCCAGUUUCUGAAGACGAGGCUUCGGGUAAAGAUUUUCUACAUAAACAUACUGUAUCUCUGCCAUCUAUGUCGGGCUCACGCUUUGAAAAAGAAUCAGUUUUUCUCUUCUCUUUCUACAGAGCUUAACCUGGUUCAUGUUGCACUGGAGAGCUUCCUGUGGACUGUCAACAUUUUUGUACUGUUUGCAUUUCUGGCCACUUUACUAUGCCUGUGCUUGAAAAGGAUCUUCUGAAAGGACAUUUCCUGGCUCUGUGCUG